UCUCGCUAGUGAGCGGUGGGAAUGAUAAAAGUCGCAUUUGCAGCCUACGCGUUGCGCUUCAUAUCAAAAGGAAAAUCAAGCCAAGACCUUAUUUCUCCACCAACAGCCUGAGCAUAAGCACAGUUUUGGAUAGACCUAUCAAGCUCCAGUGCCACCAUGUCGAGGUCAUCGGGGGGCGGGGUCAACAACGAUGUCACCCGCUUCCUGUCGGUUGGCACGACGUCGCCCCAGUCUCCCAAAAGCAUGUUUUCGGCCUCCAGCCAAGCGGACUGGGCGGCCAAGCGCCUGGUGUGGGUGCCCUCUGAGAAGCAUGGCUUUGAGUCGGCGAGUAUCCGCGAGGAGCGCGGAGACUCGGUAGAGGUGGAGUUGACGGACAGUCAACGUAAGCUGGUGCUGUCUCGAGAGGAGGUGCAGCGUAUGAACCCUCCGCGCUUCAGCAAGGUGGAGGACAUGGCCGACCUCACCUGUCUCAACGAAGCCUCCGUCCUGCACAACCUCACAGAGAGAUACUACUCGGGACUCAUAUACACAUACUCUGGGCUGUUCUGCGUGGUGAUAAACCCGUAUAAGAACCUGCCCAUCUACACAGAGUCCAUUGUGGAGAUGUACCGCGGCAAGAAGCGCCACGAGAUGCCGCCUCACAUCUACGCCAUCUCCGAGGCGGCCUACAGGAGCAUGCUGCAAGACAGGGAGGAUCAGUCCAUUCUGUGCACUGGUGAGUCGGGAGCAGGGAAGACUGAGAACACCAAGAAGGUGAUUCAGUAUCUGGCUCAUGUGGCCUCCUCACACAAGACUGGGACACUUGGCAGAAACAAGGACGCCGCACUACAGGGGGAGCUGGAGAGGCAGCUGCUGCAGGCCAACCCCAUACUGGAGGCCUUUGGAAACGCCAAGACCGUGAAGAACGACAACUCCUCCAGAUUCGGCAAAUUUAUCCGCAUCAACUUUGAUGUGGCCGGAUACAUUGUGGGCGCGAACAUUGAAACCUACCUGCUUGAGAAGUCCCGUGCGAUUCGCCAGGCCAAAGAGGAGAGGACCUUCCACAUCUUCUACCAGCUGCUGAGUGGAGCCACCGACGAGAUGAGAACUGACCUGCUAUUAGGCACCCCAGAACAGUACCGGUUCCUGAGUGGAGGGUCUAUUCCGGUCCCGGGUCAGAGCGACGCGGAGAACUUCACCCAGACCAUGGACUCCAUGAGCAUCAUGGGAUUCACCUCGGAGGAGUUGACCGGCAUGAUGAAGGUGAUCUCGGCGGUGCUGCAGUUUGGCAACAUCUCCUUCCAGAAGGAGAAGAGUAGCGAUCAGGCCUCCAUGCCCGACGACACGGCGGCCCAGAAGCUCAGCCACCUGCUGGGCAUCAGCGUGGUGGAGUUCAGCAGAGCCAUACUCACGCCACGCAUCAAAGUGGGCCGCGAAUACGUGCAGAAGGCCCAGACCAAAGAACAGGCUGACUUUGCAGUGGAGGCGUUGGCCAAGGCUACGUACGAGCGGCUGUUCCGUUGGUUGGUGCACCGCAUCAACAGAGCUCUAGACCGCCGACAGAGGCAGGGAGCAUCGUUCAUCGGGAUACUGGACAUCGCAGGCUUCGAGAUCUUCCAGCUGAACUCGUUUGAGCAGCUGUGCAUCAACUACACCAAUGAGAAGCUGCAGCAGCUGUUCAACCACACCAUGUUCAUCCUGGAGCAGGAGGAGUACCAGAGGGAGGGCAUCGAGUGGAACUUCAUCGACUUCGGCCUGGACCUGCAGCCCUGCAUAGACCUCAUCGAGAGGCCGGCUCACCCCCCAGGCGUACUAGCCCUACUGGACGAGGAGUGCUGGUUUCCACGGGCGACCGACCGCUCGUUUGUGGACAAGCUGACGGGGGAGCAAGGCUCACACCCCAAGUUCUACCGACCCCGACAGCUGAGGCAGGAGGAGGCCGACUUCUCCAUCAUACACUACGCUGGCAAGGUGGACUACAAGGCGGACGAUUGGCUGGUGAAGAACAUGGACCCGCUGAAUGACAACGUGGCGUCUCUGCUCCACCAAUCAUCUGACCACUUCAUCUCGGAGCUUUGGAGAGAAGAGGUGCAGACUCUUCCUCGUGUGUACUUCUUUGAUUCCUACGCCACCUUGCAGACUAACGGCUCCGACAUGGACCGUAUAGUGGGAAUGGACCAGGUGGGGAGCGAGGGGAGCGGCGCGGUGAGUUUCGGGGCGGCGGGCCUCAAGACGAAGAAGGGCAUGUUCCGAACGGUGGGGCAGCUCUACAAGGAGUCCCUCACCAAACUCAUGGCAACGCUGAGGAACACCAACCCCAACUUCCUACGCUGCAUCAUCCCCAACCACGAGAAGCGGGCAGGUAAGCUGAUGCCUCACUUGGUCCUGGACCAGCUCAGGUGUAACGGCGUUCUGGAGGGAAUUCGCAUCUGCAGACAGGGAUUCCCCAACCGCAUACCCUUCCAGGAGUUCAGGCAAAGGUAUGAGAUCCUGACUCCUAAUGCUAUCCCACGUACCUUCAUGGAUGGAAAGCAGGCCUCCGAACUCAUGAUCAGUGCUCUGGAGCUGGACCGUAACCUGUUCCGCGUGGGCCAGAGUAAAGUGUUCUUCCGGGCCGGAGUUCUAGCCCACCUGGAGGAGGAGAGGGAUCUGAAGAUCACUGACACCAUCAUCCGAUUCCAGAGCGCCGCACGAGGAUACCUGGCUCGCAGGGCCUUCAUGAAGAAGCAGCAGCAGCUGAGUGCACUGAGGGUGAUGCAGAGGAACUGUGCUGCCUACCUCAAACUACGCAACUGGCAAUGGUGGAGAUUGUUUACCAAGGUGAAGCCGCUGCUGCAGGUGACGCGUCAGGACGAGGAGAUCCAGGUUCGAGAGGCGGAGCUCCAGAAGGCCAAAGACAAGCUGGUCAAGGUGGAGACGGACUACACAGACCUGGAGAGAAAACACCAGCAGCUGCAGGAGGAGAAGUCGGUGCUUACGGACCAGCUGCAGGCCGAGGCAGAGCUGUUCGCCGAGGCCGAGGAGAUCCGUGCACGAUUGGCCAGCCGCACGCAGGAGCUGGAGGAGGUGCUGGGGGAGCUAGAGGCGCGAUUGGAGGAAGAGGAGGAGAGGGGCGUUCAAAUGACCAAUGAGAAGAAGAGGAUGCAGCAGAACGUACAGGAUCUAGAGGAGCAGCUUGAGGAGGAGGAGGGAGCUCGUCAGCGCCUCCUGCUGGAGAAGGUGACACUGGAGACCAAAGUCAAGAGUCUGGAGAUGGAGGUGCUCAACACAGGAGAGCAGAGAGACAGACUCGGCAAGGAGAAGAAGCAGCUUGAUGAGCGUCUGAGUGAGGUGGCUGAUCAGCUGACUGAGGAAGAGGAGAAGGUCAAGAGUCUUAACAAGCUGAAGAACAAGCAUGAUGCCAUGAUCUCAGACCUAGAGGAGCGUCUGAAGCGUGAGGAGCAGAGUCGUCUGGAGCAGGAGAAGGUGAGGAGGCGCAUGGAGGGGGAGUCAGUGGAGGCCCAGGAGCAGCUGACCGACCUCAGCAUACUAGUGGGGGAGCUGAGGGGCAGCCUAGCCCAGAAGGAGAAGGAUAUCACUAUUAUACAGGCCAGGCUGGAGGAGGAGGGUGUGCUGCGUGCCGAGGCGCAGCGCAGCCUGAGGGAGGCGCUGUCCCAGGUGUCGGAGCUGAAGGAGGAGGUGGAGAACGAACGAGGGAUGAGAGAGCGGGCGGAGAAGCAGAGGAGGGACCUGGGGGAGGAGCUGGAGGCCCUACGCACAGAGCUGGAGGACACGCUGGACACUACAGCCGCACAACAGGAGCUCAGGUCUCGUCGUGAGGCUGAGCUGGGUGACCUUCAGAGGAUGGUUGAGGAGGACACUAGGCGGCACGAGGCCCAGCUUUCAGAACAGCGCCUCAAACACUCUACCGCCAUCGACUCACUACAGGAACAACUCGACAACGCCAAGAGGGCGCGUCAGUCCCUGGAGAAGUCCAAGACGAUACUGGAGGAGGAGCGUAGUAACCUGCUGGCGGAGCUGAAGACGGCCCAGGGAGGCCGCGUGGAGAGCGAACGCAACCGCAAGAGAGCCGACAGCCAGAUCCAGGAGCUCAGCGCUCGCCUCACGCAGGCCGACAGAGACCGAGAGGACCGCGAGGAUAGGGUGCACAAACUACAGGCUGAGAUUGAGAGUCUGUCUUCGUCCCUCUCCUCUGCUGACUCCAAAUCAGCUCGACUUACCAAAGAGGUCAGCAGCCUGGAGAGCCAGCUUCACGAUGUCCAAGAGCUGCUGCAGGACGAGACGCGCCAGAAGCUGUCCCUGGGCUCCAGAGCUCGGGCCCUGGAGGAGGAGAAGGCCGGCCUGGCCGAGAGGGUGGAGGAGGAGCAGGAGAGGAGCAGGGAGCUCCAGAGGCAGAUACAGGCAACCAUACUGCAGCUUGCGGAGGUGAAGAAACAGUCGGAGGAGUUGUCGGGCUCGGUGGAGGUGGGCGAGGAGGCGCGGCGUAAGAUGCAGAGGGAGCUGGAGGGGGCGCUGCAGAGGGAGAGAACCAAGGAGGAGGAGAAGGAGCGAGUGGAGCGGCAGAGGGACCGGCUACGGGAGGAGAUAGAGGACAUGACACUCGCACUGCAGCGCGAACGACAGAACUGCACCGCCCUCGAGAAGAGGCAGAAGAAAUUCGACCAGUGUCUGGCGGAGGAGAAGGCGGUGAGCGCUCGUCUGGCUGAGGAUCGUGACCGCGCGGAGGCCGAGAGCCGCGAGAAGGAGACACGCUUCCUGUCGGCCUCGCGCUCCCUACAGGAAGUGACGGAGCAGAGGGACGAGCUGGAGAGGACCGGCAAGCAGCUGCGACUGGACAUGGAGCAGCUAGUCAACCAGCAAGACGACGUCGGCAAGAACGUGCACGAGUUGGAGCGUUGUCGCCGCUCUCUGGAGUCGGAGGCCACGUCGCUGCGGGAGCAGACGCAAGAGCUGGAGGAGGAGCUGGCGGAGGCGGAGAACGCCCGGCUGAGGCUGGAGGUCACGCUGCAGGCCCUGCGCGCUCAGUUCGAACGCGAGAUCAGCGCCGCCGAGGAGAAGGGAGAGGAGAAGAGACGCGCCCUCAACAAGCAGGUGCGAGAGCUAGAAGUCCAGCUGGAGGAGGAGCGUACCCAGCGUGCUCAGGCCCAGACGGUCAAGAAGACCCUGGAGGCGGAGCUACAGGAGGCGGAGUCUCAGGUGGAGACGGCCAAUCGGGGCCGAGAGGAGGGGCUAAGACAGCUACGACGUCUACAGGCCCAAAUGAAGGAGAUACUGCGAGAGCUAGAUGAGAGUAAGCAGGCUCGCGAUGAGGUGGUGGCCCAGUCCAAAGACAACGAGAAACGCCUGCAGACAAUGGAGGCAGAACUCGCUCAACUCACAGAGGAGAUGGCGGUGUCUGAGCGUGUGAAGAGGCAGGCGCAGCAGGAGAGAGAUGAACUGGCGGACGAGGUGCUCAACAUCAGCAAUGAGAAGUCUGGCCUAGGUGAUGAGAAGAGGCGUUUGGAGGCUCGCGUGUCUCAGCUGGAGGAAGAACUGGAGGAGGAGCAGAGUAAUGCAGAGCUCAUAGCAGAGAGACAGAGGAAAACCACACUACAGGUGGAGACCCUGACAGUCCAGUUGGCUGGUGAGCGUACCCUGGCCCAGAAGAGUGAGGGGGCUCGCGAGCACCUGGAGCGUCAGAAUAAGGAGCUGAAGACUCGCGUCGGAGAGCUGGAGGGGGCGGCCAAAGGCAAACACAAGCUCUCUAUCGCCGCCCUGGAGGCCAAGGUGGACGCCAUGGAGGAACAGCUGGAGCAGGAGAGACAGGAGCGGUCGAUGGCCAACAAGCUGGUGCGCAAGACAGAGAAGAAGCUGAAGGAGGUGAUGAUACAGGCGGAGGACGAGAGACGCCACGCAGACCAGUACAGAGAACAGUUGGAUAAGUCGAUGGUGCGUCUGCGUCAGUUGAAGCGCCAGCUGGAGGAGGUGGAGGAGGAGAACUCGCGCUCCAAUGCGCAGCGCAGGAAACUCCAGAGGGAACUGGAGGAGAUGAGCGACAGCAGCCAGACCAUGACACGAGAGAUCACCUCACUACGCAGCCAGCUGAGCGUGCCAGACUGGAGAACAGACAAGCGCGCUCCCCUGCCGCUGUCCAUGCGUGCCGGCCGGCGCGCCCUGGUGGACGAUCUCUCUCUGGAGAACUCGGACUCCGAGGAGCCGCCCGCCUCCCCCACACCCUCCUCCUGUCCCCCCAGCACCCCCACCCCAUCCCACAAUAGCCUGGGACCCCCGCCCCCCUACACCCUCAACGAUGCCGAGUGAGAGGCCAGGGAGGGGACCCCCCACCCUCCCUCCCUCUGGUGCGCUGGGCCAGGCCGAGCCGGGCCGGGCCUGCUGCAGAACCGGAUGUGUGCUGGAUGUUUGCCGGACUCGACCCGGGCCUGCAGCGAUUCCGGCCUCUUCACACCAGCGGCGAACUAAUGGCCAGAGGAAACAAAAAAUGGAACAAAAUGAACAAGAAGUCCAACGAACAAAAAGAAGGUUCAAAAUUCAGAUCAAGAAGAAGAGGCGCAGGGAAAAUUAGACUGAGGUUGGCUGUCAAACAAAAAAGACAAAAAAACUAUGGAGCUACAAUUUGACUUCCUGGGGAGGUGGGCAGGGGGAAACUACACCUCCCAGAAUGCCCUGGGAGGGUUGGUUAACCAAUAAUAAGGCCUGGUGCGUGGUACAGCAAUGCAUCGCGUAUGGCUCUCAGUGGCUUCAGCGACACUGAGAUGGCAUCUCUACCUAAGCACUCGUUCAAUCCUGCUAAACGUUUGUUAAGGGCAAUCUGCAUGAAUCUUAAGGCAAUCAGCUGUACAAGUGAUAAUGUGGUCAUGCGUACGUCAUUUAAAAAAAAAAAGCACGGGAUCACAGCCCGAGAGCUAAUGUACCUGGCUAACCAUCGGCUCCAUCUGUAUCAGUAUUACCAUGUCACCGCGGGCUUCGAAGAAUGAGUCGCCAUUUAUCCUCCUGAACCUGUACCUUUUCUCUUUCUCACUUUCAUAGGCAUUGGGGUAUUUAAUGGUAAGGGGGAGAGAGAGGGACCUUUCUGUCUGCCUCUCUCUCUCUCUGUCUGAGUUCCUGUUGAGGACCUAUUCAUAAGACACAGGAUCAAAACUGGUUUGUGAUAAUAUUUUUAUUUGGAAGCCUGUAACGCACUGCGUAUUAUAAGCCAUAAUGCACUGCGCGAUGGUGGUGGGGGGGGUAACGGAGUGGUGUGGUCAGCCUAGUGAGUACGUACGGUAUGUGAGGAAGAGAAAUAAGAACAUGUUUACUGUGAUAAAGCUGUAUGCAUAAAAAGAAACUAAAAAGCAAAGCCAAGAGUUACUUUAUGAGUAUGAGAACCUAUACUGGAAUUAUUAAGCCUAAAAAAAGAAAAUUAAACUCUGGAACGUAAUGCGGGCUUACUUUGAGCGCUUUCAUGUUGUGCAUAUAAACCUGUGUCCGCUGUUUUUUACACCCCGUGUUCAGGGUAACCAUGGCAACCCAAGGCCUCGUCCAUUAGGGUAGCUAAGUAGGCACUGUAGAAGGACAGGUCCCAUACGUAGACGUAGAUAGCUAGCUAGAGGAACUCCUUAACUUAAUGUCUUAACAUAUCGCCUCUCCAUUUGGGCGGGCAGGAUCAGUCUCACUCACACUGUACGUACAACGGUACAUACAUACAUGCAUAUGCAUACAUCAGUCGAGCUGUGAUUUUAACUGGAAGUAUGUGUCUAUUUAUUAUUUAUGCUUUAUCGUCCUUCCGUGUUCCUGUGGGCUGUGCUGGUGUAGCCUUGAGAGUGUGCUGGCCACAGGUGUACUAAUAUGUGGCUCCUUCUUCAGGCCAGGUGUGCUGUCAGGUGCAGCGAGCAGUUAGGCAGAGGGUUGAAUUAUCUCAGAUGUAGGACCAGACUGCACUAAAGACUGCUCCCUCUAGUGCAAGGAGGGUGUGAUGCACUGUUGUAGUUCAGUUAUCAGUCUACUUAAGCCCCUGGUUAUUUCUAUUGGCUGUUUGCUAGCUCGACUUUUAGCAAGGCAGGAAGCUGGGUGUGAUCUUUUGGCCUAAGAGGACAGGAAGCAGCUACUAGAGAGACUGUGACAGGGUCAUUCAUACACUAGAGUCUGACUCGGGAAUGCGUAGGUCCAGCACAGUUUAGGGCCAAGUAGGGCUUAGAUUUGGUCCAGAUCUGGCACUGUAGGGCCAAGCUCUUCCCCAAAUUCAGUGGCUGUCUGUGUUGCUCUGAACAGGAGGCCCACUGCCAUGCAAUGAAGGACUGACUUUGAAAUUAACAAAAUCUAAAGGUAAACAUGAAACUCUAAAGGUUAACGUGAUUUUUGUAAUUCAUCAGAGACUGCUAGAUCAUUUCAACAAUAUCAUCAAUGUAAAUGUCAUGAUCUUAUCAAACAGGCUUAAUGUAUAGUGUAAUGUUCUUUUUCAUUUUUUAACAAUGAUGUAAAAUAUUUAUGGAGUAAAGCUUUUUUGUGUUUUACCAAACAUCAGGCGCAUGGAUGAGUAAAAGGGACAUACUGAUGUAGAAUAGGGUAGGUUAGCGACCAGUAGACACUAGAAUGCCGUGACAAACAUUCUGAAGAAAGAUUCUAGUUUCCAUUUUGGAAUCUCCUUUGCUAUUCCCACUUUAAAAAGCCCCCUUGUUUUUACCAGGAGCUCUCAGAGGCCACAAAGACCCUCGUGCUCAUCCCCUGCCUUGAUUUACCUGAAAUGGAGACCCUCUCUGGGCUGAGAAGACAGAUAGAAUAGCUUUAUAUAAUGUAGGUUAGUCAUGAAUGUUAAGUAUUUUGCCGCCCAGCCGAGAAGGAGCAAUACAGACCUCAGUGUCCCUGACGUUAAGAGGGUUUAGGCCAUGAUCUUGGCACAUUAAUGCAAUGUUGGCUUUAACUGGUGAAAGAAAAAAAUAUCCUGAUUGUGCAUCAGAAGCAUGAAGGUCCCAGUUAGCCCCCAGCUAGCUGACCCCCGUAGAUGUAGAACACCGGAAGUGUAGAUGGUGACUACUUCUGCCUUUUGGAAUACUGUAGAUAUGUCAAUUUUGUCAUGGCUAUCUUUGUGCAGGGGUCCCGCUGCUUGAAUGAACCUCAAUUGGCAACAGAGCAAUGUACAAACCACCCUGAGGGUGGCAGUAAUACAACAUCUUUGCUGAUACUGUAAAAAAGGAAGCUGUUACCAUGAAGACAGGGCAAGGUAUUAAACAAUAGUCUUUAGUGUGACAUCUAGUGUGCUGUAUUCUUAGACAUGCGUUCACCCUUUAAGCAUGGCCAGCCUCAGGCGUAGCUGACAUGGUACAGUGUUCCUAGGCUUUGCAUGCUAUUAGCAUAGAUGUUGCUGUACUGGAUAAUGUACACCUCGUCACCGAUUGAUGACAGCGUUACCCCCCUGACAAACAUGACUGGGAUAAAAUUGAGCCAUUUUCCCCAUUAGAAAGGGGUGGUCAACACGACAUCUAGUGUUCUAUAUCUAUGUUCUUUAUCUACGGCCCCCAGCUAGCUAACCGCCAAUUAGCCUCCAGCUAGCUAUCAGUCCACUUCUGUGCAGAGCACAGUUCAGCUUCAGCACCUUUCCAGACUCCCAUAUCUGCCAUUCCUAUUGCUCAUGUAUUCUCGCCUUCACCCUGUAGCAUUUUACUCUUUUGACGUGACGUCAUUACGUAUCAUUCAGAACUUCAUGAGUGGCUGCUCCCUUGGUUUGUGUACUUUUUUAACAUGAAGGUUUAGGUUUAAUUCAUUUAUUGGUUUUAGGUUGUUUUUUUUUUUCUUCGCUGUUUAUGUUCAGGAAGGUGACUGCCAGGGUCAUACAGAGUAUGCAUGCUGGCCAAGGCUGACAGAAUUUUGUACUGCUCAACAUCCCAUACAGAAACCUUUUUGCACAUAGGAAGUUUUCAAAAGGGUUGUCUGUAGUUUCCUGAAGGCUAUGUUAAAGGACAUUUCUGUUUGUUGAAUCAUAGAAGGCACGUGUGGGUAGGAGAUACUGAAGCAGCAUAGGCUGCCUCUCAAUUCCUUGCUCAAGUUAAUGCCUCCCACCUGGUGCCUUGGUGGAACUGUUCUUCUUGGGGCCUUUCCCCAUUAAAAACUUUGAUCUACGAUGAUGUCGAGCCUUGUGUCACAUGGCCGGAGGCUGAAGGAAAGUAUGCGAGGACAUAGAGUGUACCCAUUGUGUCCUAGAGAUAGCCUCCUUGGGCCUUGCUUCUCGAACGCAUCGUUUUUAACCAUUCAGCAACUUACUAGAUUGCCAGUUAGAUAUUGGAUUACAACCAAGUUGCAAAUGUAGUUAACAACAAUGCUUUUGAGAAACUGCACCCUGGUCAGCAUUGCAUUAUGGCCACUGAGCUGGUCACCACAAAAAGGCACUUUCAGACUGAAGACAGCUCCCCCUAGUGUGAAGAGGGUGAAGUGCAUUAAUUGGUCUCUACUGUAAAGCUUUGCACUAAAACUGAUGAAAGUGUUGUGGCUUCUGUGAUCUGUUCCUAUGUAUGUAUAUGUUCUGCUUUUACUUUGUACAGCCCAGCCCAGCUUCUCCCUUUUGUCAAGAAUGUCUGACUGCUGAAAAUGGACACUCGUACACACACGUAAACACACACGCACUCAUGGACUGUGUGGACAAGCCCCCACUAUGGGUCAACUUCAUUUGCGUUUGACCACUGGUUUAUAAUGCAGUGUACCAUGAUGUAAUACUCUGAUUAAAAUGUUUUUUUUUCUCUGAA